AUGUCUUUUCCGUGUCUCGAUGCGCAGGAUGCAAAGUCUGCCCAGCUCUCCGCACGAUCCCUCCAGUCGGGCCCCGAACCUUCAUAUACCACUGGCCAUCACCGAAAGUUUCACUGCGAACAACCCUUACUACUUGAUUGGGGGGGUAUACUUCCAGAGUUUGACAUCGCCUACGAAACAUGGGGCCACUUGAACUCUGACAAGUCGAAUGCUAUCUUACUGCACACCGGUCUGUCCGCAUCCAGUCACGCCCAUAGCACGGAGGCCAACCCCAAGCCCGGCUGGUGGGAGAGAUUUAUCGGGCCUGGCAAACCUUUGGACACAAACAAGUACUUUGUCAUCUGCACCAACGUCGUUGGAGGAUGCUAUGGUAGCACAGGGCCUUCGUCAGUGGACCCCUCUGACGGAAAGCGAUACGCUACUCGGUUCCCUAUCCUCACGAUUGACGACAUGGUUCGGGCACAGUUUCGUCUCCUGGACUCACUUGGCAUUAACAAACUCUACGCCUCUGUCGGAUCCAGCAUGGGCGGUAUGCAGAGUCUUGCUGCCGGUGUUCUUUUCCCUGAAAGGAUUGGCAAGAUUAUCAGUAUCAGUGGUUGUGCGCGAAGCCACCCCUACAGCAUUGCCAUGCGACACACCCAGCGACAAGUACUGAUGAUGGACCCGAAAUGGGCCCGUGGUUUCUACUAUGACUCGAUUCCUCCGCAUUCUGGAAUGAAGCUGGCGAGAGAGAUCGCAACCGUGACAUACAGAAGCGGUCCGGAGUGGGAGAAGCGGUUUGGGCGCAAACGCGCAGACCCUAACAAGCAACCUGCUCUGUGCCCGGAUUUCCUGAUUGAGACAUACCUGGAUCACGCGGGAGAGAAGUUCUGCCUGGAAUACGAUCCUAACAGUCUGUUAUACAUCUCCAAGGCCAUGGAUCUGUUUGAUCUCGGCCAUGCUCACCAGACCGAGACCAGAGCUCGAAGAGCCGAGUUUGAGGCUGAAAUUGCUGACGGCGGAAAGGCCCUGCUCGAAAGCAAUAUCUCAUGUAGUCUGACUCUCCCAGAGAAACCUUACGAGGAGCAACCCUCUGUAAACGCCUCCGCUCCUGCUAUGGACCAGGCUGUGGGUGGUGGUGAUAUUGGUGCAGAUGCUCCCCCGCAGGAUCUUGUCGCCGGCCUUGCGCCGCUCAAGAACCACCCGGUUUUGGUCAUGGGCGUCGCCAGUGAUAUCCUCUUUCCGGCUUGGCAACAGCGAGAAAUCGCCCAGACCCUUCGGGCUACCGGAAACAAGAACGUCGAGCACAUUGAACUUGGAGAGGACGUUUCGCUCUUUGGGCAUGACACGUUCCUUCUGGAUUUGAAGAACAUCGGUGGUGCGGUAGCCAAGUUCCUGUAA